GCACCUGCCGCAAUCACCAUGGCCAUGUCGAAGGGAUUCCGUGUGCUGGAGAAAUCCAAACCACCUUCACCGCACAGCGUGUUACUGGAGCAUCGAAAUAAGCCGGAAACGUUACUGUUUGAAUCGCAGGCCGUUGCAGUGUUGUCGGCACAGGAGACGGAAAUCGUUCGCAAGCAAUACACCAAGGUGCUGGACGCGUACGGAUGUCUGGGCGUGCUGCAGCUGAACGCUGGCGACAGCUCCCUCCUCUACCUAGUCAUGGUGACCGGUUGCUUUUCCGUAGGCAAAAUACUCGACAGCGAAAUCUUUCGCAUCACGCAAACCCAGUUCGUGUCGCUGCAGUACCAACCGACCGGCGAGGAUAAGGUGGCCGAAAUACGCAAGGUGCUCAACUCGGGCACGUUCUACUUUUCGUUCUCGAACACGGGCCAGCCGGUUGUGGGCCAGCCGCUGCCAGCGUUCGGGUUCGACGUAACGCUCUCGGCCCAGCGGCGCCGACGCACGAACGAAACGGAUAAUCGGUUCUUCUGGAAUCGGAUGCUGUUUAUCCAUCUGCUGCGGUACGGCGUGGAGUGUAACGUUUGGCUGCUGAAGGCGAUGUGCGGUUCGGUUGAGAUACGGACGGUGUAUGCGGGAAGCAAGCAGGCUCGGGCAGCUAUUAUAUCGCGAUUGAGCUGUGAACGGGCCGGGACACGCUUCAACGUGCGUGGCACGAACGAUGAGGGUUGCGUGGCUAACUUUGUAGAGACGGAGCAGUGCAUCUAUCUGGAUAAUGAGAUCACGUCGUACGUGCAGACGCGGGGCAGCGUACCACUGUUUUGGGAGCAACCGGGCGUACAGGUGGGGUCACACAAGGUGAAGUUGUCGCGGGGUUUCGAGGCAUCACGGUCCGCGUUCGAUCGGCACAUGUGCACAAUGAAGGCACGGUACGGGCUGCAGGCGAUCGUGAAUCUGCUCGGCACGAGUCUGAUCGGCAGUAAAGAGGGUGAGGCAAUGCUGAGCAACGAGUUCCAACGCCAUCAUCGCGAAUCUGAGCACACGGAUGUGCCGCAUCUGGUGUUCGAUUAUCAUCAGGAGUGUCGUGGCGGCAAUACGGUUGCACUGUCGAAGCUGCGCCAGAAGCUUGAUGCGACCUGUGCCGAGUUUGGUAUGUUCUACGCGAUUGGUGAUGCGGUGUAUCGAGAGCAGCGUGGCACCAUACGCACCAACUGUCUCGAUUGUCUCGAUCGGACGAACUGUGUGCAGACGUACAUUGGGCUGGAGAUGUUGAACGAACAGAUAGCGCUGAUGGCGGCACUGGCGGACAAGAAGCAGCAGAUGAAUUCCCGGUUCGAGGAAGUGUUUCGCCAGAUGUGGAUCAAUAACGGGAAUGAGGUGAGCAAGAUUUACGCCGGUACCGGUGCGAUACAGGGCGGCUCGAAGCUGAUGGAUGGAGCGCGUUCGGCGGCCCGUACCAUUCAGAACAAUCUGCUAGACAACUCGAAGCAGGAGGCAAUCGAUGUGCUGCUGGUCGGUUCAACACUCAGCUCGGAACUAGCAGACCGAGCACGGAUACUGCUCCCAUCCAACAUGCUGCACGCUCCAACGCCUGUUUUGAGGGAAAUGUGCAAACGAUACGAGGAGUACGUGAAUCCGCUGGUGUUUCGGGUGGCCUGCGGUACGUACAAUGUGAAUGGAGGGAAACAUUUCCGUAGCGUCGCAUAUAAGGAUGUUUCGUUGGCUGAUUGGCUGUUGGAUUGCCAUCGGUUGGCUCGCUCUCGGUCAUUGGUUGAUUUCAGCCAGGUAGAUGACAGCAGUGAACCUCCGGUGGAUAUAUUUGCGAUCGGAUUUCAGGAAAUUGUUGACCUGAACGCUUCCAACAUCGUGGCAGCUAGCUCUGACAAUGCAAAAGCCUGGGCCGAAGAGUUGCAGAAGGUGGUGAGCCGCGAUCACGAGUACGUACUGCUCACGUACCAGCAGCUGGUAGGCGUCUGCCUGUAUAUCUAUAUAAGGCCCCAGCAUGCCCCAUACAUCCGGGACGUUGCAAUCGAUUGCGUCAAAACGGGAUUGGGUGGUGCGACCGGUAACAAGGGUGCAGCCGCGAUACGCUUUGUACUGCACGGUACGUCGGUUUGUUUCGUUUGUGCCCACUUUGCCGCCGGCCAGUCGCAGGUAGCGGAACGGAAUGCUGACUACGCGGAAAUCACGCGCAAGAUUGCGUUUCCCAUGGGACGAUCACUCAAGUCACACGAUUACAUAUUCUGGUGCGGAGACUUUAAUUAUCGCAUCGAUCUGGACAAGGACGAGCUACGGGAUGCGUUGAAACAAUCACCGAACGAUUUGACCGCGGUGCUCCAGUACGAUCAGCUGCGCAUCCAGCAGAACGCAGGCAGUGUAUUUAACGAGUUCCUCGAGGGAGAGAUCACCUUCCCGCCGACGUACAAGUAUGAUCUGUUCAGUGACGAUUACGAUACGAGCGAAAAGUGUCGUGCCCCGGCGUGGACGGAUCGUGUGCUGUGGCGUCGGCGCAAACAGUGUCCGGAUGCGGACCGGCAUCCGAGUUGGAAUCCGGGCCGGUUGGUCCAUUACGGACGGGCAGAGUUGAAGCAAAGCGAUCACCGGCCGGUAAUAGCAUUGAUCGACAUCGAGGUGCACACGAUUGAUCCGCAGCGUCGGUUGGCCGUGUUUGGUGAUGUGAUCCGCGAUCUUGGCCCACCGGACGGGACGAUACUGAUACAGGCGUGUAAUGGUGGAUCGACAGGUGGGGGAACCGAUUCUGGUGAUGAUGAUGAGGGCAGCAUCUACGACGAGAAUCUAAUGGCGGCCUUGAUCCAGGAGCUGACGCAGAUCGGUGAGGUGACGCUGGUGCGCUUCGUCGGCGAUACGAUGUGGGUAACGUUCCGGGAUGGUCAGUCUGCGCUGACGGCGGCCCAGAAACGGACGGUGCUGGUGUGCGGUGUGCAACUGGCAAUCAAGCUGAAAACGGAAGCGUGGGUCGAGCAGGUGGAGAAAGAGAUACUGCUUUGUACACCUAACACGGUUAGCUUUUGCGAUGAUGGUAGCCAGUGUGGUGGCGACUACAACAGUCUCGGCAUACCGGAGGCUCCUUCGCGCCCGAAAAGCCCACCGUCGGUACCGUCCCAGCCGAGCCGUCCCGGUCCACCAUCUCGACCACCACUACCAAAGUCCCCACAACCAUCACCAAAGCAUCAGCCGCAUCCAAGGGCCGGUGUCAUCAGUUUGGGACCGGAGGUGUUGUUUGCCGCAAAGUUGCAACAACAGCAGCAGCAGCAGAAGGUACCUCCGGCCAUUCCGUGUGCACCGCAGCGACCUACACCGCCGGUGGAAGAGUAUGCCAGCUCGUCACCAUUGCCGGGGUCACCAGCUCACGGAGUAUUACAGCCAGGUUCCAAUCCACAGCCAGUGGACACCGGUGCAAUAUACGAAGAAAUCCAUGACGACAUUCCUGUUUCCGAGCAGCCACGUGGGCCACCACCACCACCACCACCUGCACGGAGCGAUGUGUAUGAUCUAGACGUGGCAAGCAAUGGUGGUGGCGGCAAAUCGGCGGCAAACAAAUCAUCACCUCCGGGCACAUCCGGCAGCUCUGGAGCGGGUUCACCAUCAUCUUCUGCUGGUACCGCCGUACCACCAUCGUCCGGACCACCGAAAGGCGCACCGCCACCGCUUCCGAUGCGCCGUGGUGCACCACCACCCAUCCCGAAUCGAAGCGGCGGCCCACCACCGUUACCGGCACGGCCAAACAAUCCUUAAACG